AUGCAUGAAUCAUCAAAAAUAAAAUUAUUUGAUGCAACGUCACUUAUUAGAUGGAUUAGUUCAAAUGUUGAUAUUCCAAAUGGCUUACAAUUACUUAUGAUUGAUCUCAAUGGAAAUGUUACUAUUGAUGAUGAAUUACUUUAUAAACAAUUUUCCAAUCCAAAACGUGAUGUAGAACAACAAAAAGAUACAAUUUCGAUUUUAAAAUGGAUUAGUCGUAUUGUAUUACGCUUAGCAAGUGAUUGUUCAAUAUCAUCAAAAUCAGAUCGUUCAAUAGAAUUUGAAUCAUUUAAUGAUUUUCUUAAACAAUUUCAUACUGUUUCAACUGAUGAUCGAUCGACAUUAUCUGAUGAUGAUGAAGGAAUUAGUAGUGAUGACCUUGAUGAUGAAGAUAUUAGUCGAAAAGCUAUUCAUCGAGCUUUAAUGAAAUGUAUCGAUUAUAUAACAUCAUUUUCAAUGACUAAUUCUUCAAAUAAUGAUGAAAUUAAAAUAAAUACAAGAGAAAUGCAAGAUUUUGAAAACAAUUCUAUUGCACUUUAUAAUCAAGAAAUUAUUCAAAUUCUUUGCAGUGAUACAUUAGAAUUAGAGAUUGAAUUAGCACGUGAUCUUCGACAAUCAUCAUUUGAAUUAUCAUCAACGUUAACAACACAACCUCUUUCACAUGAUAAUAGAUUUUAUUCAGUUUGGGCAGCCUUAUGGCGUAAUGUAACUCUUGAAUAUUUACAAUUUAAUGAUCAAAAUCAAUUAAGAAAAGUUUCAUUAGAUAAUUAUGGUAAUUUAAAUAAUUCAAUGAAUGAAAAUCGUCGAUGGUCAACAAGAGAAAAUGAUCGUGUCCUUGAUGAAAUAGCUAAACAACAAAAAAAUUUAAGAAAAACAAUUCAAUUAAAUCGAAAAGACGAAUUCGAUCAUAUUUGUUUACAUGAUAAAUUAAUGUCAGAAAUAAAACAAAAACGUAUUUUAAAACCAAUUGGAAAUCAAUCAUUGAAUUCAACAACAAGUUUAGAUUCAUCUCGAAAACGAAUACGUCCUGUUAAAGAUUUAAUGGAUAGUGAUAUCAGUUCUGAUGAUGAUGAUGAACAACGAGAUGAAUAUGGUCGAAAACGAGUAGCCGUUAUUGACUGUCUUCUUGAAUCAUCAUCUCCAUCGUCACCUGAAGAUAUAAUAGAUACUAAAACAAAAAACAAAUAUAAACGUGUAAGUGAAAAUGGUGAUGAUUAUGUGGAUUUAACUAUGGAUGCUUUAACUUUAAUGAAAACUAAUAAUAAUACUAAAUCAUUAUCAAAAAAAAAAAAUUAUACACACAUAGAACCUUUUGAAUUAGAACAUAUAUCUAUGGAAGAAAUAAUUCGGCUUAUGAAAGAUAAUUCAAAUACAUUAUCAUUAACGUUUGAUGAAUUUUGUCAUAUUCGAAAUGUAAUUACACGAGCUGAAUUAGAAACUUUAUUAUUUGAUGAAAAACUAUAUUCUGAAGUUGCUCAGGGGAAGUUAUGUUUUAAUUGUCGAAAAAUACAUUUUAAUCUAUUGACAUUCACAUUUGGUAUUCAAUGUAAUGUUUGCAAACAAAAAGUUUGUCGAAAUUGUGUUACACGAAUUGCUUUGCCACAAGAAAAAUUAAAUGAUGUACCAAUUCAUACAUUUACUCCAUUAGCAUGUCCACCAUCUUUAUUAAAUUCAGAUAGAUCUUAUUCACUUGAUAAUCAAUCUCCUCUUACACCAGUAAUGAAUGAUGUAUUAAAUGAUUUAACACAUGAUGAAUCUGAAUCUCGUCGUAGUUCAACUCCAGCUAAUGUUCAUCAUAUUUCGAAUUUAAAUAAUUGGCAUACAAAACCAAUUGAUAUAUGUACAGAUUGUUUUUUUCUUUUACAACAAAUAAGAAAGAAAGCACGACAACGUCAUGUUAAUCGACCAAUAGUCCCAUCAAAAUCAUCAUCAUUUAAUCGUUCACAUUAUUCAUCAUCAUGUUCACCAUCAACUUAUAAUCUUUCAUCAUCAUCAUCUGCAUCUUCUAUUGCUGCUCUAUUAGCUCAAAAACAACAACAACAACAACAGCAACAAUGUUCAUUAAUACCAAAAUCAAAUUCUAUUCAAUCAAAUUUAAAACAAGCAAAAUCAGUACAAGAAUUAUCAGGAAAUAAUGAUCCACUACAAACAUUAACAACAAUAGGUGCAACUGGUGGCACACCAAAAGUUAGUUUAUCACGACGUCAUCUCUUCCUUAAACUUCAGCCAGCAUAUGAUGGAAAAUUAAAUAAUAUUAAAACUGGUUAA